UGGAAACCGCGCGGAAUUGUGGGGCUCGUACACAAAAAAAAACUACUUCCAAGAUGUCUGACAUGGAGGAUGACUUUAUGUGCGAUGAUGAGGAAGAUUAUGACUUGGAGUAUUCUGAAGAUAGUAACUCCGAGCCGAAUGUGGAUUUGGAAAAUCAGUACUACAAUUCCAAAGCAUUGAAGGAGGAUGAUCCUAAAGCAGCACUGAGCAGCUUCCAAAAGGUGUUGGAACUAGAAGGUGAAAAGGGAGAGUGGGGAUUUAAAGCACUCAAACAAAUGAUUAAAAUCAACUUUAAGUUGGGUAACUAUCCAGAAAUGAUGAACCGAUAUAAACAGCUGCUAACAUACAUCCGGAGUGCAGUCACAAGGAAUUAUUCAGAAAAAUCCAUCAAUUCCAUCCUUGAUUAUAUAUCCACUUCUAAACAGCAGCAGAAGUCGAUGAAGAGGCAGGGUAGCAACGGGGGAAUCGCAGAAACGGACCUGAAAGCUUGCUUUGGAGGGGAAGCUGAAUCCAAGAUGGAUUUGUUGCAAGAAUUUUAUGAAACUACACUUGAAGCUUUGAAAGAUGCAAAGAAUGAUCGAUUGUGGUUUAAGACAAACACGAAGCUUGGCAAGCUGUAUUUGGAAAGAGAAGAAUUUGGGAAACUACAGAAAAUAUUACGCCAGCUCCACCAAUCAUGUCAGACUGAUGAUGGUGAGGAUGAUUUGAAGAAAGGAACACAACUAUUAGAAAUUUAUGCCCUUGAGAUCCAGAUGUAUACUGCACAAAAGAACAACAAGAAAUUAAAAGCAUUGUAUGAGCAAUCUUUACACAUUAAAUCUGCCAUCCCUCAUCCACUUAUCAUGGGAGUUAUUAGAGAAUGUGGUGGUAAGAUGCACUUAAGAGAAGGAGAAUUUGAAAAGGCACAUACUGAUUUCUUUGAGGCAUUCAAGAAUUAUGAUGAAUCAGGAAGCCCUAGACGUACCACUUGCCUGAAAUAUUUGGUUUUGGCUAAUAUGUUGAUGAAGUCAGGCAUUAAUCCUUUUGACUCUCAGGAGGCCAAACCAUACAAGAAUGAUCCAGAGAUUCUUGCAAUGACAAAUUUAGUAAGUGCCUAUCAAAAUAAUGACAUCACUGAAUUUGAGAAGAUUCUGAAAACCAAUCACAGUAACAUCAUGGAUGACCCUUUCAUAAGGGAGCACAUAGAAGAGUUAUUGAGGAACAUCAGAACACAAGUCCUGAUAAAAUUAAUAAAGCCUUACACGAGGAUACAUAUACCAUUUAUCUCAAAGGAGUUGAACAUAGAUGUAGCUGAUGUAGAGAGCUUGUUGGUGCAAUGCAUUCUGGACAACACUAUUCAUGGUCGGAUUGAUCAAGUCAACCAGUUGCUCGAGUUGGAUCAUCAGAAAAGAGGCGGGGCCCGGUAUACUGCAUUAGAUAAAUGGACCAAUCAGCUUAACACGCUCAACCAAGCAGUUGUCAGCAAAUUGGCUUGAUGCAAUUUAGGCUUCUACAGUAACACAAUAAGGAAAAAAAUGCAGUGAUGUAAACCUUAAAAACUGAGAACGGCUGAUCUGCUGUUGGUUGACCCUGAAGACUACCAGAGCUAUGGCAGAAGUGCUUUUUGAUCAACUGGUUUGUGUUUUGUUGCUGCAUUUGUCCCAAGACACAGCUUUAAUCUGAAGAAAACCAAACUGCUACAGGACUUGUGGUUUCUCCACAAUGUGCCCUCCAUAGUAAGGGAAAUGACAGUCCAAGAGCUGUUAGUGUCAAAAUUUUAAAACAGACUCUUCACUUUGGUGACAUCUAAAUAUUUUAGCAUUAGAAAAUAUCUAUCUGAAAUGUUAAACCAAACUGCAAUAAUUUGAAAUGUGUACCAGUUUUUGGAGAUACAUUCUUUCAUGUACGAUUUGGCACGGUUGCGUCAUUCUACAAAAUGUUUUGUCAACUUCCAAGUUAUGUGGCCCAUGAGUUCUCUGUACCUCCAGUAUAGUAAAACGUUAGACAGGAACCUUCAUCUGUGGCACACUGUCACAUUAGGAUUGAAGCAGCAAAAUAAAAUACAGCUCAGAAAUUGGAAAUGCUGUAAUUUUGGAGUGCUUCCAUUUGUUUUUUUUUCUUUCUCAACAAUUCAAAUAAAAAGCAUGCACAUGUUCCAUGUCUUUGGCCCCAGUAGAUCUUCUCCACAUACUUUAAAAUACAAGGUUUAUUAAACCAAGUUGGAAAUUCAAUUGACUGAUCAAAAAAAAUUAAGUUUACAUUUUUGACUAGUUUCAAUGUAGUAUGUUAACUAGCCUAGUACACAGAACUGAAAAGAUAUCAUUUGAUAGUUUAUACUCUUACAAUGUGGGACGUGUAGGCGUUGUGUGCCAUGGAACAAGUUCAACCUUUGCUAAGCUUUAAUUGGCUGAAGCUAUUAAAUGCAAUUAUUCUUGAGGGUGCUGCCUGUGUGAAUUAGUCAAAAUACAGCACUUUGAUCUUGGAUUUUGAGUAUGGCUUUUUUUUAAAUAUGUCUUAUUACUGAUGAAUCAGAAGAAUAAACUAGUUAUCACAAGCUUCCACUCCUCAACAUGUUUUUACCCCUGAAUGUAAUGGUCGGAACUUGAAUUCUUGUUUCCUAGUUAGCAUUGUUCCCUGUGUUAUCAGGUGAAAGCAUAACUCCUUUAAUCUUAAUGUGCCCAUUAGUUGUUUGGUUGUAUCUAGCAUGAAAAAUGACUUUUUUCAAAUUGACAUUUGAGGUUUUCAUUUUUUUCCUAAAUAUUUCACUCUUCAUUGCAUGCUUUGACCUAAUUAAAAUUUGGGGUCCUUUUCAAAAGCAGAAGUUUUAAUACUUAUGUUGAACAGUGCUAAGCAUGAUGUAUGCUGCUGUUAAUUUUAUUUAUGCAAUUGGCAUUCCUGUUCUAAUGAUUUGACAAGAUAAAUGUACAUGAUUAUAAAUCUAGACAAUUUAUAUAUGAUAUAGUUAAAUUGCUAAUGAAUUUAUUAUACUUAAUGUAUUUCGGAACAUACUUGAGAGUGAACUUUCUAUAAAGACAGCAGAGUACUGAUCUGCAACUAUCUAAGCAUUUCAGAUGUAGCUCACUACAUUUAUAUUUUGUAUUUAAAAGUUUUAAUUUAUAGUUUGCAACAAAAAAAGCCCAAGCUGAAAGUUUUUUCCAGUCUUUUCAGCAACAUUAAAAUUUAUAAUUUUA